AUGCCGCGUAGGGAUAAAUAUACUCGAGGUCGUAUCGCAAAACUGCGACGUCGAACAGUCACACUGGUUAAUCUUCGAUAUGCAACAGUCAAGUCAAAUACAGAAAAUGUCACAUCAAUGAACGUAGUAAGAGAUUUCGAGAUUGCUGAGCGUGAUGCUACAUUUGAAAUGGCACUUCAAGAUGAUAUUCCGAGUCAAUUAAACUCAUCUAGUGAGCUGUCGGAUUCCGGAAUGCAAGUUAUAAACAAUAUUCGAGAUGAUCUUAACGAUGGGCUUUUACACAGUGUCAUUCCUGGCAAAAAGGACUGGGCGGCUUUAUUGAUGAUAUUUAAAGCAACAUGUGGACAAACAAAUGCAAAUAUCAACAGAAUAUGUAAACUUCUUCAAUUAAAACAGUGUCCAUUUUAUGUCAAUGUUCCAAAAAGCUGGUCUGUCUUGAAAUAUACAUUAUCGAAUUCAAGAAAACCAGCUUAUUAA